AUGAGCGACUCGCCGGCAGAACGAGUCUUGAGCGUUGGCGGCCACGACAUCGGCUAUCCGCAUGGCCAUUUGGGCUAUCUCACCCAGGAUGAGGAAAAUACGCUCCAAAACUUCAAAGUUUUCCUCGAAGAGAAGGGGCUCUACAAAUCUGGAGACAAGCCUUCGCAUGACGACCAGACCCUGCUGCGCUUCUUGCGCGCAAGGAAAUGGAUAAUCCAAGACGCUUACCAGCAGUUCAAGGAUACGGAGGAGUGGCGCAAGGCCAACCAGCUGGAAGUGUUGUACGACACAAUUGAUGUCGAUGCCUACGAGGAGACGAGGAGAUUGUAUCCUCAAUGGACUGGCAGGAGAGAUAGGAGAGGAAUCCCCCUCUAUCUUUUUCAGAUUCGCAAUCUUGACUCUAAGACUGUGUCGACAUAUGAAAAGAAUGCUGAGACGACCACUGUUAGCAAAGCCAAAACGGAUGGCUCAACGCCCCAGCGGCUGCUUAGGCUAUUUGCGCUCUAUGAGAAUCUCACCCGCUUCGCGCAACCGCUAUGCACCGAGAUGACCGACCGUGAACACCCCCGAACGCCGAUUACCCUUAGUACGAAUAUCGUCGACGUAUCACAGGUGUCACUCCGUAUGUUCUGGAACCUCAAAGCGCACAUGCAAGCUGCCUCGACGCUGGCUACGGCGCACUAUCCCGAAACUCUCGACCGCAUCUUCAUCAUCGGCGCCCCCUACUUCUUCAGCACCGUCUGGGGGUGGAUCAAACGCUGGUUCGAUCCUGUAACCGUGUCCAAGAUUUUCGUCCUGUCCCCGAGUGAGGUGAAGCCCACUCUGGAAAAGUUCAUCGAGCCGAGGAAUAUUCCCAAGCAGUACGGUGGUGAAUUGGACUUUGAGUUCUUCGACCGCCCGAACCUUGACCCCAAUAUUCGCGAGCAAAUUACCUGGGAAAACGGCUAUACUGAUUUUCCAGAGGGUCCGGCAUACUGGGUACCUGUCGACGGUGGCAAGCGCCUAGCCUGUCUCGCUGUAGGAAGCAAGAAUGGCAAGGAAAGGAGGGAACGCGUGUGCACCAUCCCCGUAGCGUUCCCGGAGAGACAAACAUCAACUUCUGUAGUGACAGAAGCCAAGAAUGUCUCUGUGGCAACAGGGAAUGGCGCUGCCACAGCCACCGAGAAAGAUGUCAUUGUGGAAGGUGUCCAGGGCUUGGCGAUCUCUGGAGGCAACCCCACGGAUGUGGUAACUGAGAAGGUAAGCGGCCAGGCCUUGACAGAGGAGCCGACUGCCGUUGCCGCCGCCUGA